CUCAACAAUGACAACACGGUCCGACUUGACAUGCACUCUUGCUGUCGGCAGCCGAGCAUAUGAACAGUAUAUGCGUGAUAGCGAAGCAGACGGUAAUGCACAUGUUGCCCAUUCUGCAUGUUUGCACACCGCUACCUGUGUAACCGUCUAGGCUUCAUUCAAUGCCGAUAUGUGGAUGCAUGCAGGGUCUUCGCUCAUGCGCGUGCUCUUGCUGAAUACCCACGAAUACCCUGCAGCACUCCUUCAACCGUUUGACUUUUGAGGCUCAAAAUGAAUCUUUACACUGCAGAAGAAACAUCUCACUCGAUAAAAGGUUUAGCAAAACCAUGUUUAUCUUUUUGUUUGAUCGGAAUGUUCGUCAAAGGACGGGCGCUACAAGUGACACUUCUGGGGAGUGUUUUCGACGGGAAGAAGCCCCACACCCUUUCCCACCCCAUCGCCGAAGUUGCGGUCAAGAAGUCGUCGGCUCUGCGACUCACAAAGCAGCUUGAUUGCAUGCCUUUUUGCCCCUCUUCAUGCAGCGGGGCGACCGGCAGUAAUGGACGCAUGCGAAAUCACAUACGAAGGUCAAAAUAUGUGACUGAUCAAGUUAAGUACACAAAAGGGUCUUCUGUUUGCAAAAGGUGUCUUUUCCCUCCUUUUUUUUCUGCUUUUGACUGCGACGGCAAGGGGAGUAAUCAACAGAACCCUUGCUACUCUGCUUUGUAUAUUGGUGUACAAGAGGAGAAAAGGGGAUACAAGUGUGCAUCACAUCACAUCUCCUGCUAGUCUUGUGACAUGCCACUUCUCGCUCGGCAGCGAAUGACCAGCUUUGUUCCCUGCUUUGGAUUGGUCUGUCUCUUUUGAUUAGCAGCUUUGGUCUCCCAGCCGCCGCAAUUUAGUCCCGAGAGAGAAG